UGUCACGGUGUUCAUCCCCACACUCAGUUAAGUAAAUUCAGGUUCGAAACUUGAACUCUCCUGCUACUAAGUAGCUUCAUGGCAUCAUGGAUACCUACUGUUGCUGCAGUCGGAAUGGCCAUUGGUCCCCCAUUGGUUUAUGUCGAUCAAGCUGUGUCUAUUGUUCGCAAAAAGGACUCAACAGGAUUCUCUCGUGACGUCUGCGCCAUUCUACUAAUUGCAAACAUAACUCGAUGUUUUUUCUGGUUGGGUGAUCAUUUUGAGCUUGCCCUGCUCAUGCAGUCCAUUUUAAUGAUAAUAGCGCAGCUGGCCUUGCUCUACAUUUGCGUUCGAUACCGCCCACGUGUGAGCCCUGAAAACUUCGGAGCGUCGUCCCGUCCCCUUUCGUUUUGGCAGUGGCAUACAUAUGCACAAUAUAUUGAGUUUCUUGCUGGGUUCAUUUUAUGUUCAGCGAUAUUGUUCUUGAUCUUUAGUCGAUCGGAGCUAUACGUUACGAUACUAGGGUUUGUUGCCUUGGGACUGGAGAGCACACUGCCUAUUCCGCAGUUGAUCAGUAAUUACAAACAGCGAUCACUGUAUGGCUUCCGUGCUUCAACUCUCCUUGGAUGGGUGGGGGGUGACUCGUUCAAGACUGUGUAUUUUUUCCUUCAGGGAUCACCCCUGCAGUUCAAGGUAUGUGCAGUGUUCCAAUUAUCAGUAGACUGUGGUAUGCGUCUCUGCAUUUCACAAGUUACAACACGUCGCUAAGCGCUUUCCAAAGUCAUCAUCCUACAACGUCUUUACUAUGGUAAUGCGGCUCCACCGGCAACACUCGAAGAGGGAGAUGAUCUUGAGCAGGAAGCUUUGGCACUGUCAGAAGAAUAGAGUAGAGCGCGUUAGUGGAAUAUGUUUUUAUGUACUUACAUGCCUUCCGAAAUGUGUCAUAUUUGUUGGUUUUCCCGCA